AUGCAACUCCCCGGAGAGCUCUGCUCCCAAGGUUUGGAACCCCGGGGCCUUGGAACCGUGUUAUGUAAGCUGAUGCCUGAAUCCAGAUGUCGGCCUGAAUCAACCGCGCUGGUGAACGUCCUUGCCUACCCAUUCAUCUUCACCAUGGCGCUUGUAGCCUAUUCAGACUCCGAGGGGUCAGAUGCCGAGCCAGAGGCCAAUGUGCCCUCGGUGGACCAGAAGAAGCCCGAUUCCAAGAAAUUCCAGGCCGAUCAUACCACGGGCAAGAUUCGCGUCGCACUCCCAGAGAUCAAACCAGAGCCCUCAGCAAACGACACUGCGGAUGGCCCACGCAAGAAGCCCCGUGUAGGCGGAGGUCUCUCCGGCUUUAACGCCUUCCUUCCAGCUCCGAAACGAACCGCCGAGAAGAAAGCGCCUGUGGCGACAGCGCGCAAAGCGUUCGGUCUGAAAACCGGGGCCGGCCCUGGAUUCGAUCGUGAUGCGGAUGCAGAGAUGAAAAAUGACUUGAUGUUUGACAACUUGGCCGACAAGGCAGAUGAGAAGGAGACUAGCGCUACACCCAACGUCACAGCAGAUGCGCCGACGACCAUGAAGAAACAGGGGGACGUCAAGUUGCAGGGAAACCCAAUGAUGUUCCGACCCCUCUCCGUGGGACGGCCGCAGAAAAAAAGGAAGAUUACCAAGAUGGCAGAGCAACCCACGCCAGGGCCGGCUGCACCGAAAGCCGAACCUCUGCCUCAACGUGUUACACAAGCCCCUGCUCCUGCACCGCCAGCAAAACCAAAAGUCAGCCUAUUCUCGUUAUCCUCGGAGGAGUCUACACGACCGGAGAUUGCACCGGGUCCUUCGACGACAUAUCAGCCACUGCUAUACAACGCGGAAGGCGAGGGCGAAAGCGAAGCAGCGGUGGACCCAGCGCUGGCCGAAUCUGCAUACAUCGCACCCACUCCUGCAACAGCAACCGUUUCCACAAAUCCAGGAUCAUCAUUGGAUUCGAUCGCCAACGACCUUAAUCUGUCCAAAUCCGAACGACGCCAAUUGUUUGGCCGAAACGCCAUGUCCUCACAGUCUCAUGUCCGCACCUUCAACACCGAUGAAGAGUAUGCCUCGAAUCAGAAUCUUGCCCAGGGAGAGCUGGCUGCUGCUGUGCACAACCCUGUGCGCUCUAUCGCGCCAGGCAAGCACACGCUUCAACAGCUGGUCAACGCGGCAAGUUCACAGAAGGAGGCACUGGAAGAGAGCUUUGCAUCCGGAAAGAGAAACAAAAAAGAAGCUGGAUCGAAGUAUGGAUGGUAA